GUGUAUCAAAUACAGGUAAAGAUGCAAGAGAAAAAUUACAAAUAAAAUUAAACCUUGAGGAAAUACUUAGAAAAAUACAAGAAACCAAAGUAAUGAUAUUACUAGAAAACUCUGCAUUGAACAAAUGCUAUAGAGCUAACAUGGAAGAGCUCAUACAAAUAAAGAAAAGCAUUAAAAAAGAAUUACAAUACUUUGAAGAUGAAAAUGGAAAUAAG